AUGUGCUACAGAUACCACACAUUCAGCCGAGAGCCAUCGCAUUCUGUACCUCAUCUCAUCACUAUAUCCCUGCAGGCUGAUUUUGACCAGGCUACACAAGACGUGAGGAAGUUGAAAAGUAGACCAGAAGAUGAAGAACUCAAAGAACUCUACGGGCUCUACAAACAGUCCAUCAUUGGGGACAUCAACAUCGGUGCAUGUCCAGCAAUGUUAGACUUAAAGGGCAAGGCCAAGUGGGAAGCGUGGAACCUCCAAAAAGGGUUGUCAAAGGAAGAUGCCAUGAGUGCUUAUAUUUCUAAAGCAAGACAGCUGAUUGAGAAAUAUGGAAUUUAGAAUUCGACUAAGGAAACAGAUGUCCUUUGGAAGCUGUCAUAGGCAUUAGUGACCAAAUCAUGGGUACUUUUUUAUUAGCAUGAAGUAUAUUACUUAGUACUAUGUCAACACAGUUCCUCAAUUUUACUUGCUUGAGCAAGAUGACUUUAAAAAUUCCUUUCAAAAGUUGUUUUAUAGUAUGCAUAUAAACUCUAAUAAAUG